CGCGGUAUAUCGUGAACUGUGCAGUGGCGGGAGAGUGAGUGUGAAGUGUAGUGUUUGUAGUGUGUGAGAUUUCAAAAUAAAAAUGUCACAGAGUGCAAUUACAAAUUACUUUAUCAAACGCAAAAGACAUACAGCAGAUGAUGUUAAAACGCAGUCUAAAGUUCUUAUUAUUGAUAAACGAAACGAAAACUUACAAAACGAUUCAUGCAAAACGAUACUACGAGGUGACGCUAAAGCUGAUGGAGAAAACAGUAACAGGAAAAUUAUAUUGAAAUGUUCUUCGGACAGCCAGAAUCCUGUGCAAAAAAGCACUUUGGGUGAACAAAAAAAUAAGUCAAACAUCAGACGUUGUGGAAAGAAGACGCUCCCAGAAAAAAGAGUUUCAUUUAAUUGUGAUAUCAGAGAAUCGUUUCAAAAUGCAAACAAGAAGUUUCCAAUCGUCGAGAAAAGUGAGACACAGGAAACUUUGCUUGAAAGUAAACCAUCAGAGAAUGGAAGCUCACAGCUCAACCAGGGUAUUUCUCCAGAAGCUGGAGAAUUUGUGGUGUUGCAGCUUUCCCCAUGUGAAAAGAAAUCUAAUGCAAUCCAAUCCAUGGAACCACUUGAAAGUUGUCAGGACAAGGUACAGGCUGGGAAGCCACUAGACAUAACCAAUGCUCGCCAAGAACUGGGACUCAUGACUCCUAAAAGGCUGCAGGAGAACUCCUGUCUUCCAAAGGAGUUGUCACUGGCUGAAAUUAGAAACAAAUUAUCAAGAAGCACCAGACUAGCUGAGCUGAAAGAAAAAGUUACCAAAAUCAACAGAUGUGCUACAAAACUGAAAGAACUAGAAACAAGAAGGAAAGCAUUGGAAACUCCUGGCACACCUAAAAUACAAAAGUUCAAAGCACUUGACAUAGAGGUUCCAGUUAGCCCUCAGAGUAGUGUUAGCAGCACACCACAGAAGUUGUUGAGUCCACUCAAGAGCCCUCUGAAAUCACCUGCUCAUCAGCGAUAUGCAGCACUUGCACGAUCUGAGGUGCCAUCAUUACCUUUGCCUUACUCUUACCGUUGUCUGGCUGAGGCUUUCCGCUGUCUUGAUACAGUUGUCUCCAUGAUGCACAAUCGCAAAGAAGCUGUCACAUUCAACAAAGUUAGUCCUGCUGUGCGCGAGAUGCUUAGGAAAGAAUUCACAGAAUUUCACCUGGGUCAAAUAAAGCAUGUAUAUCCAGAAGCAUAUACUUACACUCAGCAGAAAUGCCAUGUUUUUGGGUGUGCAGUGAAGCAAGAGAAAUAUGAGCUUACACUGGUGCCAGUGUUGUUGAAAAUGCAGGAAGUUGGUGCAGAUAACUCAAAAGUUGAACCAACAAUGACUCCCUCUUAUCUUCUGGAGCGAAGGAAAGUGUUCCAUAGUAAAUUACUGGAAAUAGUGAAAGAUCAGCAUGAGGCUUUUUUAAAGACUUUGGAUCCACCAUUGAUACUGGAGAAAUCAAAGUUGACACGUUGGCAUCCAGAAUUUGAUAUUGAUAAAUUGCCUGAUGUGCCAACAGAAUCACUGCCAAAACCACCAAAUGAAAUUAGUUAUCGGACAGCUAAAGAUGUCCUUGAAUGUGCAAAGGAUAUCUUUCAGUGCAAUAAAAGAAUGGAAAAUGCCUUAAAACUUGUAAGUGAAAAACAAACUCAAAGCAAAACUGAAUCUAGAGUGAAUGAGAGGGUUGAAGCAUUUAAGACAGAUUUGUAUAAGGGAAUUCCAAAAUCUGUGCUUGAGAAGGUUCGAGCAAAACAAGCAGCAAAGACACUUAAAGAAAUGACUAUAAAACCAGAAGAAGAGAAAGAAAUAGUAAGGUACACUAGGCUUCCUGAAAUAGCUCGUAUUUUACGUACUCUCUUUGUUGCGGAACGCAGGAGAGUUUUACCAGUGGAGCUUGUCCUGGAUAAGCUGCGAGACAGCACAAGAGAAAAUCUUUCUUCAUCUGAGCUUCAGGUGCACAUUGAGCUGCUGAUCAAAAGUGUGCCAGGUUGGGUUGAAUUUGAGCUGGUAAGGACAUCUAAGUAUUUGAGGCUGUCAAAGAAUGGUGACAUGUCUAAAGUGAUGAAACGCUUGGAAACAUUAGCAGAAACUAAAAGCUCAUUGUAAGCAAUAAGACAUUUCUCUGUGUGUCUCAUGUGGUAUAAAUCAUAGGCCACAAUGUUACUUGUGAUGUUGUUACAUGUAUUGUGUUCAUUCACAUGUGGGAAGGGAUAAAGUAAUGAAAACGUACAUCAUAUUUGUAUAGAUAAAUGUUGUGCAGUCAUUCUGGUGGUGUUUGUCUCUCGUAGGAGUGUGAACUUGUUAGUUCUGAGACUUCAAAUAAAGUCUUUUAGAACUGAUCAUGCUAAUGAACUGUGUAUUUUUCACCAUAUAAAUUUAUUUAUUGUUCACACACUUUCUUUUUAAAGUCACCAUUGUUCCUGUCUUAGUAAGAUCAAGUCUCUUUUUGUGUUUUCUGUCAUUUUCUAUUUUGGUAACUUCGGAACCAGCCUACUUGUGAGAGGAUGGAGUAGGUAAUUUUUAUAAAAGUGCAUAUUUAUUUUUCUUCUAUAUUAUAGUAAAGAUGAAAAAUUUGUAAUCAAAUGAUUUUUGAAACAUUUGUAAGAAUAUUUUAUUCCAGAGGUAGUACAAGUAAUUUAUAACUUCCUUCUAAAUCAGUUUUAGGCUUACAUCUACUUGCUAAUAAAGUGACAUUUCAUUAGCAAUACUUUGUUAAAAAUAAGUGUGUUCAGUUAAUUUUAUUAAAACUAUUUUACCAUGUUUGUAUUUCAUUCAUUGUUAAACAUUUCAUGAUGUGAAAGCACCACACCUUUUUAUAGCCUAUUGCAGCCAGUUUUCCAUUGUUACAAAUGGAUCUUUAGUGCAGUACUGCAGUGUAAAAUUAAGUUGACAACUUACGCAAGUUUCAUCAGUGAAACAUUUAUCUGUGUACUUAUAAUUAACUUGCUGUUGCAAUUAUUUUUCUAUAAUAUACUGUUAUGAGCUGUAAUUAAAUAUAGCUCAUACACAUCACCUUCUUUUAAGUUCGUUGUAAGAGAUUGGCACAUAUUUUAAGUAUGUGGAAUAUUUUUGACACCAACACUUCCCACUAGUUUGUGGAAUCGAGUGUGUUUAAAUUACACACACACAUUUCAAAUCGUAGCGACACUUUGUAAAAUAAGACUGAAGUGCAAAACUUUUAGCUUAUUCUAUUUUGUAAUUACUUUGGACUGUAAAAAAGUCAUUUGCAAAUAAAGACAUUAUGUAAUUUGAUUUACCAUUUAUUGUCAGAUGAAGUUAGACACAGCAGUCAGUUGAAAUAAUUGCCUGUGGGUAUACCAGUUGACGCAAUUCCUUGUUUAUGCAUAAAUUUCAUGAGGCUGAAGGGGGGCAAAAAUGCACUGUAGUUAUAGGUAAAAUGUACUUUAUUUGAUACAUAUAGGCAGUACAUUUUGCUCAGAAUGUAUUAGUACCAUUUUUUCCUCCACUUCAACAGCAGCACGUUCAAAAUGUCUGUCAUUUACAUUGUUGAAUACUGAGGGACCAGCAUAAGAACAUUUAACAAAGUAAAUACAUACAGGCAAUCAAUCAUCCAUGUGUGUGCCCUGACUAGUCAUAAUACCCCACGACUUGGCAAGCUCUAAAAAUUCCAUUUUCAGUCAAUAGCUUGGUUAAUAACAUUAUGUUUCACAAGGUAAAAGACAGCAAUAUGAAAUAAUUGCAGCACUUCAUAAUCCUCUACUUCUAUUAUGUUCAAGCAGACAUAAUUAUUUAGUAUAACUGAAUGCAAUUAAACUGUGCAGGUUAAGGAUUACAUUUGUAACAUCACAAGGAAGAGUACAUGAACUUCAGUGCUUUGUUCAUAAUUAAAAAAAAAUCAUUAGCCACACUGUGUAAGCUUGCUAGAGGGGGCUGGACAGCAGCAGUAGUCUGAAGGAACCAGUCUGGCCUUUGUGUUGUGCAUUAUGGUAACAUAUCUGGAUAGAGAUUUUUAAUUCUCUAUCAACCUUGCCCCAUCACAAGUGUAUAGCAUAAACUCCCUCUCAAAAAUAUUACCAGCAGAGACUGUAUGACUGCUGUGAAACAAGACUUGAGUCAGAACAGCAAACAUAGCCUACUCAGUUGCUGCUGGAAAUACUCUUCUUAAAUAUUUGUGUCAGCCUCAGUUAUUAUCCCUGAACUGGAUAUCUGACUAGUUUGAGGCAUUAGGCACACUACAGGGAACCAGAAAUAAUUUUUUGUUUCCAUUGAGGAGCAAUUUCUGUACAAAAUAAUUUUUGGCUUUAUCCCAUGAACCACGCAAAUAACAUGUUUCGAUAUGCAACUGUGAACCUCUAGAAAACAGUAUUAUAAAAAUGUGAGAUUGUGAUGAGCAAUAAGACAGUGUUGCAGUUUGUAUCAGCAGAUGUGACACCUGUUGAUGCAGUCUUUUUUUUCCUUUCAAAUGACUUCAGUAACAUUCCGCAUAGUUUAAGGAGAAUUUUGGUGACAGCAUUUUAUCACAAGACACGUUACUGCAUUAUUUUGGCCACAAAAUGGAACACAUGCUGCAUUUCCAUGCAGUCACUGAUAGUAAUAUGGAUAAAGCUACACAAUUUCAUACAAAAAGGAAACCAACCAUGCAGCUACAAUUUUAUGACAUUUAUUAGCAGAAGGAUUUCAAAAUGUAAUAGCUCCAAUAUCAAUGUAACUGCUACCUCUACUCCAUAAUGGAUUAUAUUAAAUCAAUGUAAUGUUUGUGCCUUUUUUUUCAAGUAGGGAAAACCAUCUUACAAUGGAAACUCCAGGUGGCAAUAUCAAUAAUAUAAGGAAAAGAAUGGAUUGGUACUAACUGUAAAGAUUAAAUGUUGAAUUCAGACAGGUACAAUGAAAAGAUUAUGAUUUAGCUUUUGGUCAGGCAUGGGUGUCUGUGUUGUUGUUAACGUAAGUCAGGUUACGCAGUGUGUAAGUCUAGGGACCAAUGACCUCAGCAGUUUAGUCCCUUAGGACUGCGCGCGCGGUUGUGUGCGUGCGUGCGUGCAUCCGCGUGUAUUUAUAGUGAAACUGGUAUGGUAAUAAACAUCAUGAAAUUGGUACAUUUCCUAUCUGCAAUAGUAUAAAGCUAAACUUAGUAAUGCUUUUGAUAUUUUGUCUUGCAGUUUUCUAAUGUACUAUUCAGUAUUUGGAUAUGCAGACAUUGGUUUUUAACUACAUUUAACUUUGGAUAAGAUAGCAACAAUUUAAGGUAAUUUAUUUCUAUUUAUAAUCUCACUGAGGGUAAUACAUGCUUUGAAAUUAUUUCCGCUGGUUUGAUGUUUGUACUGCACUUGGCUUUGCUAACUUUCCCAGUGUAUUUCAUAUAAUUGCAAAUUUAUGUGGUACAAACAUGAGCUAUAAUAUGAAACAAUGUGUUAUGUAAUACAUUAAUAUUCCAAUGUAUUUUAGAACAAACAAUAUACUAAAAAUGUUUGUCAGUUAUUAGAAAGCAUAGGAAAGCCUUUGUGAUACAUAA